UGCUCGGUCAGGCCACUAUGCCGAACGUCUGAAAGCGUUGCAGGCUUCUUAGCGCCUGCUUUUAGCUUUAAUAUUUGAACCUAACGAUUGAUAUUCACAUUUGCAACAACAACAACAAAGAAAAACGAUAAUCGAUCACACACACAUGAAACGCUCCGAAUUGUACACGACAACUGUCGGGAGAUAUCGUCGUAUUUCAAAAGGUUUUUAAGCCAAGGGUUGAGCGUUAAUGUUGAGGACAACAAAGCAAUGAUGCACGCAUAAAGCUAUCCUGAUCACAUGGGCUGACGACCGGAGUCGGUAGCGGAGGGGAGCUCUGUUUGCUACUCCAAGGCUGAAGUCAGGGAUACGUGGACUAGAGGGCUGAUACCCGGCUUUCAUUCCAGUACAGGAAAGUAUUGUUACUCAGUACCUGUGAGCAUUUUGUCACUGUCAACAUCAUUUGAUUGAUUCUGUGCAUGGUCGCUUCCAUGUACUGUUAAGUAUGUAGACUACCAGCCACUGAAAACUCCCAUUUGCCACCAGAACUGUCCUUCAACACAUCGUCGCUGUCCGGCGGACUCCUUGCAUCUUCUUAGCUCCUAUAGUGUGCUGACCAAAUGGUUUAAUGACCAGGACUAAAAAUGAGCAUAAGCAGUGAUGAGGUUAAUUUCCUGGUUUAUAGAUACCUGCAGGAGUCAGGCUUCUCACACUCAGCAUUCACCUUUGGCAUAGAGAGCCACAUCAGCCAGUCCAACAUCAAUGGAGCCCUGGUGCCCCCUGCUGCCCUCAUCUCCAUUAUCCAGAAGGGCCUGCAGUACGUGGAGGCUGAAGUCAGCAUCAACGAAGAUGGGACCUUAUUUGACGGGCGCCCCAUUGAGUCGCUGUCCCUGAUCGACGCAGUGAUGCCCGAUGUAGUCCAAACCAGGCAGCAGGCCUACAGGGACAAGUUGGCCCAGCAGCAACAGCAGGCGGCAGCGGGCAGCAGCAGCAGCACUGGGCCCCAGGGAAGCACCAAGAACGGCGAGGGUGCAGCCAAUGGGGAGGAAAAUGGAUCCCAUGCCUUAGCCAAUCACCACUCUGAGAUGAUGGAAGUGGAUCGGGAUGUAGAAAUACCCCAAAGUAAAGCCAUGGUCCUCAGAGGUCACGAAUCAGAAGUUUUUAUCUGUGCCUGGAAUCCAGUCAAUGACUUGCUGGCAUCUGGGUCUGGCGAUUCGACAGCUCGAAUCUGGAACCUGAGUGAGAACAGUUCAGGUGGGUCCACCCAGCUGGUUCUGAGACACUGCAUACGAGAAGGAGGCCAGGACGUACCAAGCAACAAAGACGUCACCUCACUAGACUGGAAUAGUGAGGGCACACUCUUGGCAACAGGCUCUUAUGAUGGCUUUGCUAGAAUAUGGACAAAAGACGGUAACCUGGCCAGUACUUUGGGUCAGCACAAAGGUCCCAUAUUUGCACUGAAGUGGAAUAAGAAAGGAAACUUCAUCCUUAGCGCUGGGGUAGACAAGACCACAAUUAUAUGGGAUGCCCACACAGGAGAGGCAAAGCAGCAGUUUCCCUUCCACUCAGCGCCUGCUCUGGACGUUGACUGGCAGAGUAACAACACGUUUGCGUCCUGCAGCACAGACAUGUGCAUUCACGUCUGUAAACUGGGUCAGGACCGACCCGUCAAGACCUUCCAGGGACACACGAAUGAGGUCAACGCUAUCAAGUGGGACCCCACUGGCAGCUUGCUGGCCUCCUGUUCUGAUGACAUGACUCUGAAGAUAUGGAGUAUGAAACAGGACAUGUGUGUCCAUGACCUUCAAGCCCACAGUAAAGAAAUUUACACCAUCAAGUGGAGCCCUACGGGACCCGGGACCAACAACCCCAAUGCCAACCUCAUGCUGGCCAGUGCAUCGUUUGACUCAACGGUGCGUCUGUGGGACGUGGAGCGCGGGGUGUGCAUCCACACGCUCACCCGCCACCAAGAGCCCGUAUACAGCGUGGCCUUCAGUCCUGACGGCAGACACCUAGCCAGCGGCUCUUUCGACAAGUGUGUUCACAUCUGGAACACUCAGACUGGUGCUUUAGUCCACAGCUACAGGGGGACAGGAGGGAUCUUUGAGGUGUGCUGGAAUGCCACCGGGGAUAAAGUAGGAGCCAGUGCAUCUGAUGGAUCUGUUUGCGUAUUAGAUCUGAGGAAAUGACACUCGUGCGGGGGAGCCAUGGACCGACUACGAAUGUGUACAUAGCCAAAAUGACUGACUGUCCCUGCCUGUCCGCCACACUGCUGUAGUCCCCACCAGACGCCAUGGCCUGCCAUUUCACCCCCUCCCCCCCUUCAAACACUCAUUCAAGGACCACAUUUUCGCCACAUCCGCUUUGGGGGACGUGUGAGAGACUUUAAAGAGGAAGUUGUUGCUUUCUGUUCGACCCAGUCCAGAUUCUCGUUCGUUACAUGCAAACCAAAACAGCGGAAUUCCUCGUUUGUCCUCUUUUUAAUCCUUUGUACCAGAAUUCUAAAGAUUUUUUUUGUUUUGUUCUCUGUUGGUGUGUGCAUAUUGCAUAUGUCAGCAUUUGGUGUCCUGUGGACAUUGUUUUGAAAUUGGAUUUUACUGUAAGUUUUAUAUUGUGUGCUGGGGAGAGAAUGGGGCAAGAGCAUGAAGAGUUUUUUGUUUUUUUUGUUUUUGUUUUUUUAAAUCUGUCCAGCGGGACAUCACUUUCUUGGCACUCUUCAAACAUGCAGAUGUAUAGCUUAGAAGGUACAUUGGUUUAUCCAUUAUUUUUAUCCACUUGUUCCAUUUUUUUUUUAGGCAUUGUAAACAAAAAAUUGCAUUGUAAAGCAAAUAAUCCCAAAAAAUCCCAAUGUCCUUUAUUUGUAUUUUUCUGCCUGUUUUUUUUUUUUUUUCUCUUCAGGUUUUCACAAUUCAUCAGGUUUAAUGUUGAGCUAUAAAAGAAAAAAAAACCUCAAGGCUUAGAGAGAUUUUUUUUGUACUUUACGUGUUGGUCUCACAUAUUGUGCAGUUGCCCACAGGCUGGGAUGUGACCUCUUGUUUCUGUCGAAGUAAAGGACCGUGGCGCAGGCAUUUACAAUGCAGCAGCAGCUGGGAUCUGUGGGUAGAGAGAGAGAGGGCGUGGAGCUUUAACAGCUUGCAUCCAUUCUAACAGUAAAUGUGCUUGCAUCUUCAAUUCAAGGCAAAGUAAUGCUGAGUGAUAAUCAGACUAAUCCCUUCUAAUUGGGCACCACGAGUUUCACUGUUGAACACAACUCGUCGAACUUGAUUCAAAAUUUUUGUGAUCGGCACUCUCGCUUCGCGCAAACGAUCUGGAGACAGGCUUCAUUCGAGCCUAUGCACGGAUAGAAUGAUGGCGCUUUUUUUUUUUUUUCUUUUAAUAUUAUAAUGCCAAGUCUGUGCUUGUUGUUAAAAUGCAUACAUUUGUGUGCCACUCUUGCACGUAGAGUGGAUUCAAGUACAUUUUCAUGUUUCAAAUGCAAUGUGUGAUGUUCUCCUGCGCGACAAGGGGCCGUGACCAUGAAGAAUGUUUUUGUUUGUUUUUGCUUUUUUUGUGAUUAAAAUACCAUUAAACAGUCAUUGGAAAGAUGAACUAGCUGCCCUUCGAAAGGGUUUUCUUUUCCUGCACUUUAGAGUAAAAAUGGAGAAACAGGGAGGUGUGUUUUUAUUCAAGUUGAACACAUUUAAAGUCAGAAAAAAAUUUCAAAUAGAGGAAAUACAGUGCAGUGCUCUAAUGAGAUUCCACGGGUUUUAAUCACAUUUCUACUGACUCAUAAAUGUUGAAGCCAAUGUCUGCAUUCCAGGUGUCAUCUCACAGCCAUAAAUAGCAUCCGCUCGAUACAAAUACAUGGGAGGUUUGUCACAAAAUUACCCAUUUGAAAAGUUUUGUACUAUUUUGAAGUUUGCUUUAUUGGUGUCGAUGGUGACUGAGUUGUACAACGAAUACACAAUUUCAAAAAUGAGGUCCAUGACAGUGGAAUGGUAUUUUUUAAUGUUUGUUUUAGAUACGCUUUUUACACUGCAUUCAAGUGGUAGCUUUUUUCUUUUUGUUCCUACUGAGUAAAAAAAAAAAAAAAAAAAAAAAAAAGUCUGAUUCUUCUAUCUUUGCUAUGUUUGAGAGCCCUUGAAGGUUUUGUAUUCCUCCAAACUUUUGUAAUUCAGACUGAUUUGUAGCUAUGUUCUCCAAAAUGAACAAAAAGAGAAAAAUCUGGUUAAUUGUUGAUGUACCACAGAAAAUGUAAAUAACAGUUUGCAGAUCUUUUCUUUUUCUUGUGAUGUCUUUGCCCUCACUUGCGUUGUACUCUCUCACUCACAUGGUUGCAGUCUGACUGUUGGAAUAUCAGUUGGAUCUCAAGGUCUAGAAUAAAAUCUAUUUUGAUAAUA